AUCCUCCUCGCUAAUCAACAAGUUAAUAAGCUCUUCGAUGAGGAGGCGGUGAUUAAUGAAACAAUCAGCUUGCCCUGUAAUUGGGAACCGGGAUUAGAGGAUGGGAGUAUGAUGGAUAGAGAGGGUUUUCAGGGAUGUGUGAGGCUGGUUCCUGGUCCACACUGAGACCACCUAGGGGCCCAUUUACUUUGGCUAUAAAUGAGGAAGUGACUUUUUCAGAGGUUGUAGCCUGAAUUCAGGCCACUCCAUGCCCUCUAGCUUCUACAGUGUUUCUCCUCUCUUCCCGUCUGUCCUUGGACCCCACAUACGCCAAGACAUGAUGGGGUUCCAGGACAUGACGUGUUCCAGAUGUCAGAUUCCCUGGACUUCUCACAGUCUCCAUCUCUCUGCCCGAAAUCAGCAUUCUAGAAACCCAUCACCUCUAUGGUUAACGCCACAGGGUCGGGAGAGCAAACAGCCCCCUACGCUCUGGUAUCCUUGCCCCGUUAGCCUUCAGGGUCCUUCUCUGGGCCCUGACCCCUGGGAUCACAGAUGUCCUAACCAACCCCCGCUGCCCGCUCCAUCCUAGGGUGAGCAACUGUCUUUUGUCUUCCCCCAGGAGUGAAAUUCUUUGAUUUCUGCUGUCUCCCCUCCCAACAGGACAAAGGCUAUCUCUGUUUGUCUCUAUGUAUGUUCUAGGAACCCCUCAGACUGGGGCUCCCCUAUGACGUGGCCACGUCUCUCCAUUGAGACUGGGGUUCUUGAUGGACAGGGCUGUGCCUUGCCCCUUGGAUGAGGGCUCCCUAAGAAGAAUGAUUUUUCUCCUCUCUCCAAGGGCAGGAUCUAUGUCCCCUUGUCCUGGUGUCCUCUUUCACCUCCAUGCUCAGCAGGGCACCCUGGUGCCUCCUGGGAUGUACAGUCCCAUGCGGCCUGACUGGCUGAUAAGGAGCCAUUUCCGGAGAAUGCAGGUGAUUGAACUCAUAAAAGGGUGACUGCGGGAGCCCUGAACUCCCCACCUCAGGAGAGCUCUAAAAAUAGCACCCACAGCCAUCUGUCCUGGGGUUGGAGGAGCUGGCUCAGAACCAAGGGGAUGCUGAUGGGACAUCUAGAAGUACUGGAGGUCUGGCCAGGCCAGGGAGAGGAAGCUGGAAGGGCUUUAUGGGAGGACCUUCCCACAGCCUUCUCUCCUCCUGGGCAGGUGGGUUUGAGGGGGUUGGCAGUCUGGAGGCCCUUCCCCUGCCCUGGCCUCUCAGAGUGGGUGGUGAGCACCAGACUCAGCCUUUAGGUCCCUGCUCCCAGGCCUGCCUCUGGCGCCCCAUAGCUACUCCAGGUGCUGAGUCUUUCUGCCCUCAUGACUGAGAGGUCCUCUUCCUGGGAUCUGCCUCACCCUCCUUUUCCUAUUUGAAUCGUGGGUGAGCUUGGCUACUCUAUCACCUCUCAAGGCUUCAGUUUGCUAAUCUGGAAAAUGGAGAUGAACUCACCUCACUGUCUUGUGACGCCUGAAAUUAUGCACUACCUGGUGCAGAUAGGUGCUUAAUAAACACGAGUCCUUUCUUUCAAAGGAUCUGGGCUUCAGAGCCCAGUGGAGACUGGCAUGGGCUGGGGACAGUGGCAUGUGCCUGGGAAGCCUUGGCAUCACUCAGGUCUAGAAGACACCUGUGCCCUGAAUGACACCUGCAUAGGUGUGAAGAGACUCUGCCUUGGGAGGGGGCUGUAUGCCACACAUGGCUGGACCGGGGUCUGUGUGUGCCAGGCUGGAUACACAGGUGGCCGACUCAGCUGCAUCUGGUGGGGGGCACUGGCUUCUGUUCUGCCUCCUCCUGCCUCUUUUCCAACUCUUUAGUAGAGAGAGGACAUAAUGGAGUGUUCAGAAGGGCCGCUCCCCCAGGACACAUAAACUGCAUGUCAGGAACCAAGGUCAUGUGCUCCCACCCCUGCCUCCAGGAGAAAGACUUUCUCCCAGAGAUCCUGUCAGUCCUCAGCCCUUCUUCAAGGUAUUACUGAGCAGAGGCUGAAAAGGGUUGUCUUUUGGAAAGAGAGGACAUAGGUCCCACAGGCUGGAGGAAAUGCAUCCACGCUCCCACUCCCUACUCCUUCUCACCGACAGGCUAGGGAAGAUAGAAUCUCAAUCCUGGUCCUAGGGCCUGCCCAGGAGUCUAGCUCCAACCGCUUCACUUCCUCGGGAGGCUAGACCUGCCACUGGGUGGGGGGGGGUGAGGGGUGAACAUGGGGUUCAGGCUGGGUAACCCAUCCAUGGGACCCCGAAUCUGAGCAUGGCAGCUGCCCCCUGAGCUCCUGCGGGGUGCUGGCUGGGUGUAAGCUCACGUACUGGCUGGGUAUAAGCUCAGUGAUCUCGCAGGGGUGGAAGGAGGGAGGAAGAAGGGCCCACGCCCUGCUGGCUCCCCCUCCUCCUGGUACUCCCCCUCCCUUUCCAGGCGGGGAUAUAAGCCCCGAAAGGAAAGCGCUGAGCAGAGGAGACCUCGGCUUGACCUGCGGGAGUGCAGCCCUUGGGACUUCCCUCGCCUCCCAUCUCUUGCUCAUCUGCUUCACGAGCUAUCACUUGUCGCCUUCCCAGAUGGUGUUGGUGCGUAGGCCGUGGCUCGCGUUGGUCACAGUGCUUCUGGCCCUGCUCGUCUGCCUGGGGGCGCUGGUCGAUGCCUACCCCAUCAAACCGGAGGCUCCCGGCGAAGAUGCCUCCCCGGAGGAGCUGAGUCGCUACUACGCCUCCCUGCGCCACUACCUCAACCUGGUCACCCGGCAGCGGUAUGGGAAACGAGACAGUCCGGAAGCGCUCCUCGCCAAGACGUUCUUCCCCGACGGCGAGGACCGCCACGUCAGGUCGCGGUCAGAGGGCGUAGACCAGUGGUGAGGACCCGCUAGGCCUCCUGGGAGUUCUGCCAACCACGCCCACCUCAUUUGCAUACGCACUCCGGACCCCAGAAACCCGAUUCCGCCUCCAGACAGCGGCGUCUGGACGGGGUUCGGGUGCGGCCCUUCCCUUGCGUCUCGUUGCCCCCGCCGCCUGGGCUGGAGGGCUGUAUGUGGUCCUUCCCUGGUCCCAAAAUAAAGAGCAAACUCCGCAGAAA